AACUUCCGAUAUUAGCCGCCGCGAAACCCAAAAUACUCUCUGUUUUCUCUUCUUUCUUUCAGUACUACUGAUUUCCGUUUAGGGUUUAUCUCUUGUGCUUCUCUCGGGCUGCAAUGGCGGCGGACGACGGAGGCACCGACCAGUCCCACAAGACUCACAGGUCGAGGCUGUCGGGAGCUUCGGCCAAGAAGAAGAAAGUCAAGUCCGACAACGAGAAGAAGCAGAACCCUAAGGCCUUCGCUUUCAGCUCCUCCAACAAGGCCAAGCGCUUGCAGUCACGCGCCGUCGAGAAGGAGCAGCGUCGCCUGCACGCGCCCACCAUUGAUCGGACAUAUGGCGAACCGCCUCCCUUCGUUGUUCUUGUUGGGAAGUCUCUUUUGAUAAAGUCGCUUGUGAAGCAUUAUACGAAGCAUAAUUUACCAGAGGUUCGAGGACCGAUCACCAUUGUUUCAGGGAAGCAAAGGCGGGUGCAGUUUGUGGAGUGUCCGAACGACAUAAAUGGCAUGAUUGAUGCGGCUAAAUUUGCCGAUUUGGCGUUGCUUCUUAUAGAUGGAAGUUAUGGCUUUGAAAUGGAAACGUUUGAAUUCCUCAAUAUAUUGCAAGUUCAUGGUUUUCCAAAGGUUAUGGGAGUUCUUACCCAUCUUGAUAAGUUCAAAGAUGCAAAGAAGUUGAGGAAGACAAAGCAGCGUCUUAAACAUCGUUUCUGGACCGAAAUAUAUGACGGGGCUAAAUUAUUUUAUUUAUCUGGUCUUAUUCAUGGAAAGUAUCCUAAACGUGAAAUUCAUAAUCUUGCACGGUUUGUAUCUGUUAUGAAGUUCCAUCCUUUGUCUUGGCGAGCUGCUCAUCCUUAUGUUCUGGUAGACCGUUUUGAGGAUGUAACAUCUCCUGAGAGAGUGCGCGUGAAUGAAAAAUGUGACAGGAACAUCAUACUUUAUGGCUACUUGCGGGGAUGUAACUUGAAAAAGGGAACUAAGGUUCAUAUUGCUGGUGUGGGUGAUUAUAAUUUGGCUGGUGUCACAGGCUUACCAGAUCCUUGUCCUUUGCCAUCAGCUGCCAAAAAGAAGGGAUUGCGUGAUAAGGAAAAAUUAUUCUACGCGCCAAUGUCUGGAUUAGGGGAUCUACUCUAUGAUAAGGAUGCUAUUUAUGUAGACAUAAAUGAUCACUUUGUCCAGUUUUCAAACGUUGAUGAAAAUGGAGACAUAACAGCAAAAGGAAAGGGUGAUGACUCGGGUGUGGUUAUGAUAAAGAAUCUUCAGAAAUCAAAAUUUGGUAUUGAUGAAAAGUUAGAAAAUCGCUUUUUUGAUGUUUUUGGCCGGAAACGUAAUAUACAAUCAGAAGAUCUUGAUAAUGGACAAGAUACUGAUGAGGCUGAGGAGCAAAAUGGAAAGUUAGAACCUUCUACCAUGGAAGAUGAUACGUCGGAUAAAGAAAGUGGUUCGGAUGAAGAAAGUGGUUUUGAGAAUGGCUCGGAAUCUUCAGAUGAAGCUGCUGAAAGAGAUGCAAUAAUGGAGAGUGAAGAUGAUGUUUUUGACGAAGAAAAUGAUGAUGCGUCGGAACAAAAAACUGAACCAAAAGAUCACUUGAAAGAACAUGUUGAAUAUCAUGGUGGGAGGCUAAGGAGAAAAGUUGUUUUUGGACAAGACCUUGCCGAUAAUAAUCAGGAGGAUUUGGAUGAAGAUGAUAAUUAUGAUGCAAAAGAUCAGUCGUCGAGUUAUUCUUCUAGUGAAGAUGGUGAGGAUAGUGAAACAGAAGAGAACAUGGGAAACAUUUCGAGAUGGAAAGAAUCUUUAGUAGAAAGGACUAUCUCGAGAAAAAAUGCUAACCUCAUGCAACUUGUAUAUGGGAAGUCUACAUCAAGGCCUGCUACUACUUCAGUUGAUGAAGAAAAUGGCGGGGAUGAAGAAAGUGACGGAGAUGACUUCUUCAAGAUAAAAGGCGAAGGGAACAAGAAACCUGGGGAAGGUUUUGAUGGUGAUGAUUUGGAUGUCGAGGACUGUUCCAAAUUCACAAACCGUGCUAGUCUCAAGGACUGGAAAGAUGACAAACACAUUGAGAAUAUUCGCGAUCGCUUUGUCACUGGUGACUGGUCAAAAGCCGCUCAAAGAAAUCAAACAUCAGAAGUGAACACUAAUGGUGAUGAUGAUGAUGUAUAUGGUGACUUUGAAGAUUUAGAAACAGGAGAGAAGCAUGAUGGGAAUCGAACAAAUGAUGCUGGAAAGGGCAUCAGCCACAAUGAAGAUGAGUUGGCAAUUGAAGAGAGAAGGCUAAAAAAGCUUGCUCUCCGAGCAAAAUUUGAUUCUCGGUAUGAUGGGUCUGAAUUAUCAGAGGAGGAAUUAGAUGAUAAACACGGAGCCAAGUUUCCUGGGGAUCGGCCUAAAGAAAGUGGAUAUUUUGACAAGUUGAAGGAGGAAAUUGAAAAUCGGAAACAGAUGAACAUAGCUGAACUCAAUGAUCUUGAUGAGGCUACCAGACUGGAGAUUGAGGGAUUUCAAACUGGAACUUAUCUACGAUUGGAGAUUCAUGGCUUACCUUUUGAGAUGGUUGAGCACUUUGACCCCUGCCAUCCUGUUUUAGUUGGUGGAAUCGGUCUUGGGGAAGAAAAUGUUGGAUAUAUGCAGGCUAGACUAAAACGGCAUAGGUGGCACAAGAAAGUACUGAAGACGAGAGAUCCAAUUAUUGUUUCCAUUGGGUGGAGGCGUUAUCAAACUGUGCCUGUUUAUGCCAUUGAAGAUCAGAAUGGAAGGCAUCGCAUGCUUAAGUAUACUCCUGAACACAUGCACUGCCUUGCAAUGUUCUGGGGCCCUCUUGCCCCACCCAACACUGGAGUGGUUGCUUUCCAGAAUUUAUCGAACAAUCAGGCAACAUUUAGGGUCACGGCAACUGCAGUUGUUCUUGAGUUCAAUCAUGCAUCCAAGAUAGUGAAGAAGCUCAAGCUAGUUGGUUAUCCCUGCAAGAUCUUCAAGAAGACGGCACUUAUAAAGGACAUGUUUACUUCGGAUCUUGAGAUAGCUCGCUUUGAAGGUGCUGCUGUUCGAACUGUCAGUGGGAUUCGAGGGCAGGUUAAGAAGGCUGCAAAUGAAGAGAUUGGUAAUCAACCCAAAAAGAAGGGAGGACAACCAAAGGAAGGAAUUGCUAGGUGCACCUUUGAGGACAAAAUUAAAAUGAGCGACAUUGUUUUCUUGCGUGCUUGGACUCAAGUUGAAGUUCCUAACUUUUACAACCCACUGACGACAGCCUUGCAACCUCGUGAUAAAACCUGGCAAGGAAUGAAAACUGUAGCUGAAUUGAGGAGAGAACACGAUCUCCCAAUUCCCGUUAACAAGGAUUCAUUCUAUAAGCCAGUUGAAAGGAAGCCAAAGAAAUUCAACCCAUUGGUAAUACCUAAGUCAUUACAGGCAGCUCUUCCAUUUGCGUCAAAGCCGAAGGAUAUACCAAGUCGAAGAAAACCCCUUCUUGAGAACAGAAGAGCUGUUGUCAUGGAGCCUCAUGAACGAAAAGUUCAUGCUCUGGUCCAGCAUCUUCGGCUUAUUAGACAUGAUAAGAUAAAAAAGCGAAAGAUCAAGGAAGAGAAGAAAAGGAAAGAACUUGAAACACAGAGAGAGAAAGACGAAGAGAUAACAAGAAAGCGCCGGAGAGAGGAAAGGCGCGAGAGAUACCGGGAACAAGAGAAGCUGAAGAAGAAAACGAGGAGAAAUGUAGAUGCGUGAAGAUCAUCUAAAACAUGCUGAAUGACUUACCUGAACAAUGUCUUGGCAUGCGGAAACCGAGUGGGUCCAGCCACCUCUACUUUAUCCACGUUGCUGGUUUC